AAGCUGUUGUCAAAAUCAUUUUAUAUUUUCUCUGUGAAGAAAAUAUCAUAUUCUAGCAAAGAUGUUUCUUCUAGUGAUCCUCUCUUGCAUUGUCCUGGCACAUGCCAAGCCUUCUGGACCAAUUCUCCAUCCUCAUAAUCCCCAACCUUACAAUUUCGGAUACUCUGUUAAGGAUCACUUUAGUGAACAGCACAGGCAUGAAACUGGCAACGGUCUCGGGGCUGUAGUGGGAAACUAUGGUUUCACAGACGCAAGAGGAAUUGCCCGUCAGGUCAACUAUGUUGCCGACCACGCCGGAUUCAGAGCUCAGGUCAGGACCAACGAACCAGGUACUGCCAAUCAAAAUCCUGCUGCUGUCCACGUGAUUUCCCAUCAACCUCCAGUAGUUGAAUCUCUUCCUCAUCCAGUGGCUGUAGUUUCUGCCCCAGUUGUCCAUGAUUUUGGUACUGGAUUGGUUUUCUAAGAAUUAUGACACUGUGAUUAAGGAAUCCUAGAAAAUAAGAAAAGAGAUUAGUCAAAAUCAAAUUUAAAAUAUUAUCUUUUUUUUUCCCAAUAUAAAUUGCUUAAGUAUUUAAGUAUGCAUUCUUCCUCA